UCAGUAUCCAGAGUCCAGUUUAAUAUUGCGUCUAGUCUGCGUACCUAGUCAUAAAUUAUUGCGGUUUUUUAUGAAACGACAAAUCUCAAGUACUUCUCGCCUGGAUAGGUAAAAUAUACGGAAAACGGAAACUAUAUUCAGAAAUGGCGACUGAAAGUAAAGGCGGGUACAGCAACGAAUGUGUAUCUCCGCCUCCGAACGACUAUGAGUGUCCUAUUUGUCAGAUGCUUUUGUGUGAACCAUUGCAAAUAGCCAAGUGUGGACAUCGGUUCUGUAAGGCUUGCUUGGAGCCAGAGAUGAGAAAAGAUGUACCACUGUGUCCUCUUGAUAGAGAUGAGAUUGAAGUGGAUAAGGUAUUCACAGAUCAAGCCUGUCACAGAGCAAUACAGUCAUUGAUAGUGAAAUGUUUGAAUGCAUCUGAUGGCUGUGAAUGGACUGGAGAGAUACGAGAUGCUUUAGAACAUCAAAAUGUGUGUCCCCACGAACGCGUCCAGUGCACAAAUGAGAAUUGCGAGGAAGUUUUACCGAGACAAGAAAUUGAGAAACAUUCACAAAAUUCGUGUCAAUGGCGAGGGGAAAUAUGCGAAUAUUGUAACGAGAAGUACUCCUUUUUUUUAGGAGAGGAACACAAGUUACAUUGUUCUCACCUCCCUAUUGAAUGUGUCAAUGGAUGUGACUACAAAGAAAUCCCAAGACAUGAGAUGGCGAAACAUAUCGCUGAUUUUUGUCCGCUUACUGUGGUUGAGUGCUCGUACUCCAAGGCAGGAUGCAACAUAAAGAUGAAGCGCUCAGAACUCCCAAAACACCUUGACCUGACUGUUCAAACACACUUAGACCUGGCGUAUUCCUGCUUAACUACCAUGGAACAUUGUUACAGAGAGCUAGCAUCACACAUGGAAAAGAACAAGGCAUUAUUUGAAGAUAUUCAAGAUCGUCUGAGUGAGCUUGAGAGACAGCCUACAAAGUAUGACGGGAGGUUCUUGUGGAAAAUAAAUAAGUAUUCCCAUCGUCUCGCGGAAGCAAAGAAUGGUAGGAAUGUUGAUAUCUACAGCGACCCGUUCUACACAGGACGAUACGGCUAUAAAUUAAAAUGCUGUGUAACAUUGAAUGGCGAUGGGGACGCAAAGGACAAGUACAUCUCAAUAUUUCUCAUCAUUAUGCGAGGGAAAUAUGACGCACUGCUACCAUGGCCAUAUUCCAAUCGCAUCAAAUUUGUUCUCAUUGACCAGAAACGUUACAAAACCCAAAGGAAAAACAUCAUUAUGGAUAUAGUCCCCGACGUAACUCUGGAGGGAUACCAGAGACCAAAGAGCGAGAGAAACCCUGGAGUUGGGAUCUGGAAGUUUGCCGCACACGACGUGGUUGAGAAUGAAGGAUAUGUUGUUGGUGAUGAGAUGUUCAUAAAGUGUGAAGUGGAACCGUUUGAUAUUCUUCAGCACUCAACAGAGGGUACUGAAGACUAUGAAUAGCAAUGUAACUAUACUGCAUGUUUAUAGAAAAGGUCUAUAUUUAAGGAAUAUAAAACGAGCGCGCAAGUCUAGUCUCUGCACUGUCACUAGGACUCGCUAGGAUCUGUAGAGCAAGAUAGCGGAGCAAGCUUUCUUUUGCAUGCUUUUCGAGUGCUCUAAAGCUCCCAGAGAGUUCGAUUUUCAAAUACAGAGACAUAUGCAAACGUUUUAUAUUACUUUUAUAAAAUACUUAUUAACGACUUUGAGCGAGCGUGUCUCCGUUUUCUAAAUAUCAACACGGUAGCUAGCCAAUCAGAGCAAGCGUUAUAUCUCAAAUAUUUUAUCCAGCCAAUCAGAGCGCGCGUAGUUCUCAAAUAUUUUAUAAAUGUAAAUAACCGUUGGAGUAUUUUUUGUCUACCUAAACAUGCAUGUCAAUAGAACAGUUUGUUAAAAUCUAAAAUAAGGUCACCCGGUUAUAACCUUAACAUAAAGCUAAGAUCGAAUUGGAAUUUAGCGAUUUUGGUUUUGAGGAGGGAGAAGAACAAAGAAAUAAAUGAAAAAAUCACAGCUGGUCUGAAGUGGAACCCAAUCCCCGCACCUUAAAUCUGACUAGAAACAUUUUACUUCAUUUGGGCAUUUUAUCACUAAAAGAUAACAGAGUUAUUCUUGACUACUUACCUCAAGUGCUCCUUAACACCGACUUUUCUUUGGUAAUCUCUCAAGAUCAUUAUCUUAAUCAUAUAUAACACCAGAGCUACUUCAGGGAGCUCGUCAAUAGGUCACCAUUAUAUAUAUGGAGUCUAAUUAGAGUGAUUUCAUUCAAUCCGUGAAGGAAAUAGCUAGAUAUUAGUCUAAUAGACGUUAGUAGACACCUAAGUGUUUUCUUUUGCUCAAAAAUAUUACUGGGUUUCAAUCGGCUAAUAAAAAGUCUUUGAAUCUUAUUACUUUCUCCAAAUUCUUGGAGUGUAACCACAUGGGUGGCGUCGGCGCUGUUAAUGCGCAGCAUCUUAAUAAGUUUAAUAUCGAAUGAUGCAGUACGCCAUUAACAACAGUAACCAGUGAAUAGACCCCUUGCACGAGUCCCGGAGGAAUUUUUCUGGGGGACAAAACGAUGGAUGUUUUUGCAUAAGAAAAGAUGGACUCUUGUUUUGUCCCCCAGAACCCAGAACAAUUCCUCUAGGAAUUCAAUGCAAGGGGUCUAUAAAUUGAAAAUUUAAGCACCGUAUAAAAGCGCUUUAACUGUACUAAUUUUCGGACGUCAUUCGCCUUCUUCGUAGUGAAAUAACGAAGGACUAACGUUCGUAAUGACAGUAGAAUUAUAACAUUGUUACACGAUGGUUAAGUUUCCUUUUUGUAUUCAACACACUCCCGCAGUCCAAACUAAUUACCUCUAGUCAUUAUCAAAUCUAAUAUAUGCUGUUGUAGGCUGAGAAUCGAUUCUGUUUAGCUAUACCACUUGUUUCCUAGUAUUCUCCGUGCGAAAUGGCCUUGGACGAAUGAAUGGUAACUGUGAGAUUUAAAGAGAGAAUAUUAACUGUAAAUGUGCGAGAUAGUGCUAUAAACAAAUUAAGGCUUUUCCAAAAUUGUAUUUUUAAGGUCGUUUAGCCUGAAAAUUCUUAAAAGAUGUUUAAAAAAAGCCUAAUAAAAAGCAUAAUUA